GAAGAAGACUACCACAGGCCCGUUCGUCCAGGUCCGCCUUCUUUUAAAGUCAGGCCAGCUACGCGUGCUUGAGUAGAGAGAAGAACAUUUUGUGAAGACCAGACGCACGAAAUGGCAUCAGCAGCCGGUAAGGAUUGCGAAACCGUUGUAAUUCGUCUACCCACCAGUUUAUCAAUUUCUAAUUCAAUAUCAGGUUUUAGAAAUGUAGGCAGUAGCUAAGUAACUAUGUGCAGUGCGAACCAUUUAGCUAACUAGCUACUAGAAGGCACAUUACCGUUUGUAUGGGGGGAGGGGUUCGUUUGCUAGCUUUUAAUGCUAGCUAACUAACUAGGAUGGCUACUGCAUUUUGACAUUACAUUUUCAAAACACCGAAUCUAUGACUGUUGUUGAGGAGGUUGGGAGUUAUUUUCCCAUGAAACAUGCAUCUCAUUCCGCUAGUUAACUAGCUCUAACUAUCGUCCGAUGGUUCUGUGCCGGUAGUUGGCUAUCAAAGCUAAUGCUAAACUAGUUAGCUAACUAGCUUUUUCGUUUGAAUGACCUGCGGGCUAGCGUAGAACAGGCGGGCAUUCGCUCAGCUAGUGAGUGUGGAUACUGGAAAGAAGGCCGUUUUUUUAAAUUGAGCUUUGUUUGCCAACUAGUAGUUAGCCUGGUGUUGGAGACUGCGUUUUACACACACAGUUAAUAAUACUUUUGACAUGGUAAAGAAUUAAAGAAGUUCAUUAUGCCAUUCAAUGAUAUCAGCAUGAAACUAUCCUCAUGGUUAUAUUGUAUUUUGCAGACUACAACGCUUAUGGCCAGGCGGGAGGCCAACCGGGGUAAGUGUGUUCUUGCCCUGAAAAACGAAUUUAUAUAAUUGAACUGUUUAUCGCAUUGAUAGUAGCCACAAACAUUAGUCUGACUCCACAAUUAUUUUAUUGACGAGUCAAUGAAGAUGGUGGGGGGUGGAGUAGAGCCCUGUAUUUCCUAAUUAAGGCUGUUUGUUUGUAGGUAUGGCUCCUACGUGGCCCCGCCCUCUCAGGCCGGCUAUGGACAAAACACACAGGUAGGCUGCCUUUGUUCUGACCAAAGCCCCUUUCCAUUUAUUAAUUAAUUUUUUUAUUUAACCUUUAUUUAACCAGGUAAGCCAGUUGAGAACAAGUUCUCAUUUACAACUGCGACCUGGCCAAGAUAAAGCAAAGCAGUGCGAUUAAAAACAAGAGUUACAUAUGGGGUAAAACAAAACAUAAAAUCAAAAAUACCACAGAAAAUAUAUACAGUUUGUGCAAAUGUAGCAAGUUAUGGAGGUAAGGCAAUAAAUAGGCCAUAGUGCAAAAUAAUUACAAUUCGUAUUAACACUGGAAUGAUAGAUGUGCAAAUAGAGAUACUGGGGUGCAAAUGAGCAAAAUAAAUAACAAUAUGGGGAUGAGGUAGUUGAGUGGGCUAAUUUCAGACGGGCUGUGUACAGGUGCAGUGAUCGGUAAGGUGCUCUGACAACUGAUGCUUAAAGUUAGUGAGGGAGAUACGAGUCUCCAGCUUCAGAGAUUUUUGCAAUUCGUUCCAGUCAUUGGCAGCAGAGAACUGGAAGGAAUGGCGGCCAAAGGAGGUGUUGGCUUUGGGGAUGACUAGUGAGAUAUACCCGCUGGAGUGCAUACUACGGGUGGGUGUUGCUAUGGUGACCAAUGAGCUAAGAUAAGGUGGAGAUUUGCCUAGCAGUGAUUUAUAGAUGGCCUGGAGCCAGUGGGUUUGGCGACGAAUAUGUAGUGAGGACCAGCCAACAAGAGCGUACAGGUCACAGGGGUGGGUAGUAUAUGGGGCUUUGGUGACAAAACGGAUGGCACUGUGAUAGACUACAUCCAAUUUGCUGAGUAGAGUGUUGGAGGCUAUUUUGUUAAUGACAUCGCCAAAGUCAAGGAUCGGUAGGAUAGUCAGUUUUACGAGGGCAUGUUUGGCAGCAUGAGUGAAGGAGGCUUUGUUGCAUAGCCCCUAGACUUUUAGGGUUCAAUGAUCUGAAAGGACUCGAAUGAAUACAAUAUGACGCUUCUCUCCUGAGUAUGGAGGGCAUAAACUCAAGUUUUUUUAAUUUUCUUAAGAAACCACUGAACAGUAAUGGUAUUGGACCUUCGAUAGAUGACAUCUGUGUUGUUUUUCAGCCGAGUUAUGGCCAACCGCAGGGAUAUGGGUCAUACAGCCAGCCGGCCGAGUCAACCUAUCCCCAAGGCGGUAGCACCUCAAGCGGCUACGCUCAACAGGGUUACAGUCAGCAGCCACCAGCUGCAGGUGAGAACUUCUAUUCACAGUUAAAAACACGGCCCACUAACUGAAACGCAUUGUAUUCCAAAGUUAAAUACAACUUUUAAUGUGUGAACCCAGCACUCAUUGAAAUGUACUGUUUUAUGCCACUAGCCCCUAGUUUUCUAGUGGGACAGCUGGGGCUUGUGUAUGCAGUUUAACAACUACUUUUUGUUUUCUCCUCUCAGCUGGUUACGCUGCCACUCCUGCUGCCCCUCAGGGUUACAGCCAGCCAACUCAGGGGUAUGGAGCCGGAGGGUACGCUGCCGCCCCCGCUGCUGCUGCCGCCACCACUACCACCACCAGCAGCCAGGGCUCUUAUGGGGUCCAGGGUGGAUAUGGAGCCCAGACUGCAUACCAGGGAUAUGGGCAGCAGCCGGCCGCUGGAGCACCACCCAGGUAUGUCUUUGAGCACUCAAGCUCCAUUACCAGAACACUGGUUAAUAUAAUAAUAUAUGCCAUUUGGCAGAUGCUUUUAUCCCAAGAAACGUAGUCAUGCAUGCAUACACUUUUAGUAUGUGUGGCCCCAUCAGGAGUCAAACUUAUGAUCCUUGGCGGUGCAUUGGUAGUAGUAUCCCACCCAUGUAUUUACUAAUCUGAGAAAGACGAGCUGCAAUAUGCCAGCUGGAGGUUUGAUCCUAUUUCUCAUAAUUGUGUCCUCAUCUCCUGUCCCCACAGCUACAGCACCAGCAGCCAGCCACCCACCAGCAAUGAGCAGAAGUCCUACUCCCAGCCGCCUCAGGGUGGUGGAUACCAGAGCCAGCAGAGUGGCUACAGCCAACAGGGUGUCGGUUACCAGGCGCCACAGGCCCCUUCCCAGCAGCAGGCCCCACCUUCCAGCUAUGCUCCCCCAUCAGGAGGGUCCUACGGUCAGCCACCUUCCAGCCAGUAUGGACAACAGGGUGGACCAGGAGGCAGCUAUGGUCAGCAGGGUGAAUAUAAAACACCUAGCCAGUACAGUAAGUCUGCUUACUUAUGGCAUUGUAUGAUUUUAUACUGGUCUAUUCUGUCUUCAUAGUUCUUACUUGUGGUGGGUCCUAACUGUCUGCUCUCUCCCCAGGCAACUACAGGCAGGAUCAGUCCAACGGAGGGGGCUACUCAGGGCCAGAGUCGGGUGGAUAUAGGGGCCACGGUGAGGGCCGAGGCAUGGGUGGGGGGGAGAGCCGGGGACGGGGCCGUGGGGGGUUUGACCGCGGCGGGAUGAUGCGUGGUGGUGGCGGCAUGCGCGGUGGAAUGAGCAGAGGAGGCAUGGGGUAAGUGCUCGCCCGUCCUCUCACUUCAUCAAACCUUUUCUCCUACAGGUGCAGGGUGAGGCCUGCACAGGGUUGAGAGCGGCACAUCACCCCUCACUGAAUAGGGCAGUGAGCCAAAUUAAGCUCGGCAGAAAGACAUGAUACACAUGAUUUCUGCAAUUGGAAUUGAGUGGGAAGUUGAGACAUUUUAAACUACACUGAACAAAAAUAUAAAUGCUACAUGUAAAGUGUUGGUCCCAUGUUUCAUUAGCUAAUAUAAAAGAUCCCAGAAAUGUUCCGUACGCACAAAAAGCUUAUUUCUCUCAAAUUGUGCACAAAUUUGUUUACAUCCGUUAGUGAGCAUUUCUCCUUUGCCAAGAUAAUCCAUCCACCUGAUAGCUGUGGCAUAUCAAGAAGCUGAUUAAACGGCAUGAUCAUUACACAGGUGCACCUUGUGCUGGGGACAAUAAAAGGCAAUUCUUAAAUGUGCAGUUUUGUCACACAACACAAUGCCACGGAUGUGUCAGGUUUUGAGGGAGCAUGCAAUUGGCAUGCUGACUGCAGGAAUGUGUAUGGCGUCGUAUGGGCGAGCGGUUUGCUGAUGUCAACGUUGUGAACAGAGUGCCCCAUGGUGGGGUUAUGGUAUGGGCAGGCAUAAGCUACGGACAACGAACACAAUUGCAAUAUAUCGAGGGCAAUUUGAAUGCACAAAAAUACUGUGACGAGAUCCUGAGGCCCAUUAUUUUUUUUAUUUUUUUUAAGUUAUCUGUGACCAACAGAUGCCUAUCUAUAUUCCCAGUCAUGUGAAAUCCAUAGAUUAUGGCCUAAUGAAUUUUUAAAUGGACUGAUUUCCUUAUGAACUGUAACUCAGUAAAAUCUUUGAAGUUGUUGCAUGUUGUGUUUAUAUUUUUAUUCAGUGAUGACCACAUCCUUUCAAAUAUUAUGUGAAAUCAGUCAUCACCCAAGUAGAUGUAUGUGGUGCCACUGGUUGCUGCUCUCAGCCCUCCCACUGUAUGGCCAAAGGUAAGAAGGUAUCCACAAGCUAAAGACCAUCAGCAAAUAUCUCCUCUUUGGCCUCCUAGUCCAGGGGUGUCAAACCCAUUCCAUGGAGGGCCGAGUGUCUGCUGGUUUAGUUUUUCCUCUCAGUUAACACCUAGACAACCAGGUGAGGGGAGUUCCUUCAUAAUCGGUGACCUUUAAUUCCUCAAUCGAGCACAAGGGAGGAGCGAAAAUCUGCAUACGCUCCGCCCUCCGCGGAAUGAGUUUGAGAAUUUUGUCAGUCAAAUACCAAUUUGGCUACCCAGAAGUAGGCUAUGUUGAAAUGUUUUUCCCCGUGCAAGUUAUUUUCAAUCACAGGAGCACACGAGCCAGAGUCAGUUGGGAUAAUAAGCGGGAGGAUCAAGGAGCCAGUACAUUUACAGCAUGUUUAUUCUACAAGAUUAUGCCAGUAUGCCUUUUUGAAUGAGGGCACUUCCAGUCACAUAAAUGAAAGGUCAUGAAGGACUGCAUUCUGAAUAGGCUAUUCAACCACAUGUAAUUCUAAUGGGACUAGGUUUAUUUUUUCAAAUUCUGGAAAUAAUUUCUAUAGGGGUCCUAAAUAAAUCCAAGCUAGAUUUAGCAGUUUCUCAUUUUGAAGGUGUUUUGUUUGUGUGCAGACUUUGGCAAUACUCCUUUAAGUAUGCAGUGCUAAAAUUGUGUGAACUGUAUAUACACUUUGGGAACUUAUAGCUCAACCUGCAUACAUAAAGUACAAUUAUGUAUAUAGCCAUGUUAGGUUUUGAUAUUAGUCGAUGGGAAUGUCAAUAACAUUUUAGUGAACUGGUCUAAAGCCUGAGGUUGGGGGAUUAAAAAAAUAAUAACUUGUUUAACAAAAGGUGAAUGCAUUGCUUUGUCACUUCAAGGCCAUAUAUCUGUCUCUCUCUUUCUAUCGCUGUCAUUCUACCAGUGCGCUUAUUGUACUGGUAAAAUCAAAAGUUAAUAUCAGAGGCACAUUUAUCUUAUGGUUUUCAUUUUUAACAUACUUGAUGUUUAAUUACCCCAAUAAUCACAAGUGCAAUUCAUUCACCUUUCUUACACACAGGUAAGAAACAAAUAAGUGUCAAAAUGGUAUAACUUCAAAUGUAUUGCUGAAGUGCACUUUUCUUUAACAUGCUUUGUCGCAUUUAUAUGCUACAGGUAACAAAGUGAGAUCCAUGUAAACACACCAAUACUUUUACAGUACCACUACUCAGUUCUGAGUCUGGGCCGGCAGCAUUUUGAAAAGGGGACAUAAUCGGUGGUAUCAACAAGAGGUGUCCAAAAAUGUCCCCCCAAAAACCUAUGUCAUCAAGAAAAAAACUGUUUUUGAAAGCUAAAUGUUUUUUCAUGAUUGGUUGCUUUUUUUUUUUUUUUUUACAUUGUGUAAUCAAAUAAUCUCCUUGUGUAAAACAAUGUUUGGCUGACAUUUUACUGGAAAUGGCUGAAUGUACCAUACGAGUUCUUUGUAACACAAUUGUCUCAGGUACAGCUCUGAAUAGUAAAGGCUUCCCAUGUGUCGGCAGAGCACUUCAUGUCAUACAUCUUAUGGCAUUUUGUCGGGAAAGGGGGGGUUACUUUUUAUAAUGACCUCAUCCUCUAAGCCUGAAGUUCAUACAACCAUAAUUUGUUCAGAGUCCUUUUCAAAUCUAACUAUAUCACUGGUCUUUAACUUGAGCUGCAUCUGAAACAAUUCAAAUAUAUCCUGUUGUGUAAAAGUCAGGUGUUUUCUACCCCAGAGGUAAUAAAGAUUGACGCCACCCCAUUAUACAAAACAUUGAUACUCGUAGAAAGUUAUGCCACUUCUGCGUUCAUAUAUUGUAUUCAGUGAGGGAACCCAUAGAUCAAACGUUGUAUAGACCCCUACCCCUGUUUAAGAUUCUAUAGUUUUAAGAUUCAAAGUGUCUUUUGUGGGGUUAAUAGCUAAGUUAGUUUAUUUUGGGCGUUUUAUAAAUAGGAGCUAGUCAACUGUGCCCAAUAUCCCCCAUCCCUAUGUGGUACAAAGUGGCUGUUAAAGGGAAAUCGUCUUCAUAUCUCCGCUUAUUCCCCCAGCAUCGCUGGAGACAGAGGUGGCUUCAGUAAGCCUGGUGGUAAGUUUAAUGACAAUUACAAGACGAUAAUACACUAGACCACCUAACACAUGUAUACAUUUUUAUCUACUUGUCGUUAAGUAUUUUCUAGUCAAAGGGGAAAACAAAGGAAAUAUAUUGCAGGUUGUUGAUUUGGGUUUUUCUCACACUGCUUUGAGGAUAUUUUCAAACUUUCAAUAUCAAGCGUCCACUUGAUUACUAGUUUUAGAGUGUUCCCACUGAUAUAUUUUUUGAUAUACAACCCCAAGCCAAUGAAGCCAUUAGGCUUUCCCCCACUUUUCUAAAUAUUUAUUUCAUUCAUAUGGUCUUUUGAUAUUUAACUUUCAAAUUAGGUAAAUUUUCAGCCUUUAGUGUUUUGGGUGUUCAGUUCUUUUGAAACCACUUUUUAUAUAUUUGCCACAAAUUGGGUUUGAAGAAUCUAAUUAUAAGGUUGCAUUACCAUGGUUUUUUUUUUUUAUGCAAAGGGGAAUGCUCAGAGGAGCAUGUGUGCCUGGGUAAAGUCAACCUGCAGCAUGUGUGGGGUAGAUCAGGCAAAUGUGCAUACUAACGUUGGGUCUCUUGUCUUCUCUCCUCUUUGUGGAUGGGUAACAGGACCAGACUCAGACAUGGGUAAGUUCAGCAUGCCAUGUAUCAAACCCAGCAGCAUUUGUGCAUCAAUUUGCAAAUAGAAUGUGUUUUUUUUAACAGGCUUUACUCUGUCCACAGGACGCCCAGAGGAGCAGGAUGACUCUGAGAACAAUACCAUUUACAUCACUGGCCUGACGGAGAAUGCAACGCUGCCCGAAGUUGCUGACUUUUUCAAGCACAGUGGAAUAAUCAGGGUUGGUAUUUGACUGAUGCAGUUUGGAGAUCUUUCCUAAAUGUUAUCGCACGCUUUUGAAAGGUAUUGAUGGAUAAAUUGGGUGAUUUAACUGGUUUCCAUCUUUCAGAUCAACAAGCGCACAGGUCUGCCUGCUAUCAACAUCUACACAGACAAAGAUUCGGGGAAACCAAAGGGUGAUUGUACUCUAUCAUAUGAUGAGCCCCCAUGCGCCAAAGCUGCAGUGGAGUGGUUUGAUGGUGAGUCUUUUUUUUUUUUGGGGUACUAACCAAGGCCCUCUGAUAGCCCCUUGAUUAGAUUGAAUAGGGCUUCAUGCAUAACCUUGGCAGAGUUCUUUCAAUUAAUGUUGGUAUUGAAUAUGCACCUCUCAACCUCUCUUCUCCUACCUAGGCAAAGACUUUCAGGGGAAGAAGCUAAAGGUGUCGAUGGCUCGCCGUAAGCCCAUGAUGGGGAUGAUGCGAGGAGGCAUGUCCAUGAGGGGUGACCGGGGAGGCAUGAUGAACCGUGGAGGUAUGUUCUGCCAAAUCCUGUUCCACACAUCUGGAAUGGACAUUUCCAACCUGCUCUAACUGUUUCACUUGUAGAAUUUUAGGGUAUCUUUAGGGAUGAAAACUUGUCGCUUUUUGGCGAUAUUCGCCGUUUUGAUCUCAAAAUGGACCAUCCAUGUGAAUCGUGCCUCUGGACUGAGCACAAAGUUACGUGUUGAACUUAUUAGAAAAGUAGUAAUUGAUUAGUUUCUCAAUUUAUGAAAAUAAUGCAUCAGUGAUUCAUAUUUCCUGCAACUUUCGGAAUAAGAAAGGCCUGUUUCUGUCCACCUGUGUGUUGUAGCCAGUUAUCAAGCCUAAACAGUCAUUUCUAAAGUCUUUCCCAAAAACCUUCCCAAUGAAAGAUUGACUGCAAAGUAGGCCUACCUGGCAGAAGAUAUGAUGAGUUGUAUCAAUCGGGUGGGCAAUUGCUUUACAAACUCUCCCAUCACAUGAAACACUGCUAGCCACCCUGGAAAAAAUAACAGGGGAAAUCCAAAACCAGGAAACUAAACCGAGAACGGAAUUUGGCAAAUAAUCUUAAGAUUCUCUAGUGCCCUAUGUAUUCCUGUCUGUGGAGACUUGAGAUUAUCAUAACAUUUCAUGAUAAACCAUAAACCCAGACCAAAGAGCCUGACUUCUCCACCCCAGGGCACUAUAUUCUGUUUAUUGUGGUUUGGAAAGUUGGGAGUAUUGAGACUAAUCAAAUGUGUAUAAUGUACUUGUGCUCUGAAAAUAGGCACAUUUUCUUGACUUCACACACAUUUUGUGUGUUUCCGUGUGAAUUUUGUUUAACCUGUUUGGUCCCUUACCAAUUUGCAUCCCUGUAUCUUGGUAGAUAGAAAAUACAUUUGAGAUGUAAUGUAAACUUGGCAAUUAGUAGAUGGUGGUAAAAGUUGACCCCAAACUUUGUAACAUUCUGAAAACUGACUUAUGUCUUGGUCACUCUUAGGGCCAGGAAUGAUGGGCCGUGGUGGUGGUCCGAUGGGACGAGGUGGGGAGCGCGGCGGCUUUAUCCCCAGGGGUGGUCCCCGUGGCAUGGGCGGUCCCCAUGGCAUGGGCAGAGGUGGGCCCUCAGGGGGCAACAUGCAGCAGAGAGCAGGAGACUGGGAGUGCCCUAAAGAGUGAGUACUAACAAAAGGAAGUAAAUUGUUCAGUCUUCAACUGCUUUUCUCUGUGGUUUAGGGUAGUUUUGACUGAGGCUUAUGAUUGCAGGGGCUGCGGUAACCAGAACUUUGCCUGGAGAAUGGAGUGUAACCAGUGCAAAUCACCCAAACCGGAAGGCUUUGGACCACCUUUCUCCCCUCCAGGUAAAUGCUUUGCUAACUAUCUACUUCAUGAAGGAUAAAGUAAGUAGUAGGUGAAAAGCUAUAAAUUGUCUUCCUUCCAACCAACACAUUCUGUCUUGUUUCUAGGUGGUGACCGUGGUAGGGGUGGCCCAGGCAUGCGCGGGCGUGGAGGGAUGGACCGUGGAGGUCCAGGGGGCCCUGGAGGCUUCCGUGGAGGCAGGGGUGGUGAUCGUGGAGGUGGAUUCAGAGGACGUGGUGGCAUGGAAAGAGGAGGCUUCGGAGGAAGGGGCCGUGGUGGCCCUCCCAUGGAUGACAUGGGCGGCCGAGGCAGGAGGGGUAUGGGAUCCCCCGGCAAGAUGA